UCAUUGGUAUGACUGUACGCAACAACGCAGCAGUAUAAUGGAGAAUGAUUGUGCGAGAGCAGAGAACCGGAUGACUUGCGUCGGCAUGCAUAUGCACACGGUCUGGGUCCAACAGUGAAUGCAUAGUGCAGUGUCAUUAUUCCCCGGAAAACAGCCAGUCCGGACGCCUGCUCUCCUACGUACCGUCGUUCUCUCCGCAUGUGGCUAAGGCGUAUCGCAAUGCACAAGUUCUCACUUGCUACCCCAUCGUCCACAGUUCACAGUGUAUGAAGAAUAGUUAUCGUUACGGUUGACUGCGUUUACAGGCAGCAGAAAAACCAACCGAACGAGGAUAGGAAAGUGUGAUUGCCAGAAAACUCCAGAGUGAAGACCCGUGGUUGUGCUGCUUCUUGGGGAGCCGUGUCUACAUUGUCCAGUGAGAGACCGACACGAGUGGUGAAAGAACUGGCUAGAGAGUCUCGCGUAGCUCGUCGCCAGUGGUGGUCGGCGUCGUUGGCAUGGAGGGCUGGCCGAUGGGACACAAAGCUGGACGCCAGGUCACCGGCUUCUUUCUACUCGUACUGACAGCGUGUUUACAUGAUACCGGAGCGCAAGUGCCAUGCGCGAUUCCGAGGCGCAAGAUCACGUUCCAGUCGGCCGGUUUGGAAGGCUUUACGCAGGACCCUAGCGACCCAUUGACAUGGGCAGUUCGACAAGGCCCCACACCAACCGCAAACACUGGACCUCCGUACGACCAUACGUUCAUGAACAGCACAGGUCGCUACGCCUACGUUGAGGUGACCGGAGCCCCCACGCGGUCAGGUACUGAACGCAGCGACCUGCUCAGCACGUUCUACGGCCCGCCGACGGGCGAGUGCAACGUCACCUACUGGGCUUCCUUAAUGGGCAGUCAUUUUGGUUUCUUGAUCAGUGCCCUCCGUCCGGUACCACCGGGAAGGAUAGUGAACCUGGAGCUCACGGUAACGGAGCCAACCACCGAAACCGGUGAUUGGCUGGAGCGUAACUAUGCUGUUACACUGGACCUUGCCUUUCGGUUACGUUUUGGCUAUACCAACCUUCAAGUAUUCACAGGGGACCAGGGUGACCUGGGAAUUGACGACAUCAGCUUCUCUCCGACUUGCUGCGACGACACCUGGUUUAGCUGUGGCGGUCGCGAGUGGCGUUACUUUCCGGACUUCAUCACCUGGGAGGAAGCGCAGCAGGACUGUGUGGCAGCGGGUGGCACUCUGGCCACGGUCACCACUGACGAAGAGAAAACCUGCGUCACACAGCUUCUGCCCUGCGGCGAUGACCAAUGCCCGCAGAUGUUCGUGGGACUCAACGACAGGAUCCAGGAGGGUGUGUUUGCUUGGACGGGUGCCGGUGACCGCAUUGAGCCGUCAGCGUCGCAGAAUUGGUCGCCCGGGCAACCGGCAUCGGACGCGAGUUUGGACUGUGUUGCUUGGCAGCAGGGCUCGGGCCUGCGCACGACGCAGUGCAACACUAACCAGGCGGCACGUCUGCCUUACAUCUGCCAGCGUGGCGCAGUACUGACGCCUCAGGUCUCCCAGUGUCGAAACCACCUCUGGCAGUAUCAAAACUAUGCGCUGUCGUACGACGAAGCGGCAGCUGCCUGCCAACGUAAUGGUUCACACCUGGCAACGAUCAUCGACCCGAUCGAGACGGAAUGUCUUGCGCAGCUCUACAACGACAAUGCUCUCGGAGAUCUGGCAGCACUUCCGGUUUAUGUCGGCUGUCGUUCCACUGGGUCAGAGGGCGGUGUGCAGUGGAGCAAUACAUCGUCUCUGUGCGGAGAGGCUUCCAGUGGAGUUGGUUCUCAAUGCGGAGUGAUGGCGGUCAGUUUGGGAGAAGAGAAUCAGUUUACUAUCGAGUUUGGAGCGUGCGACCGGGCAAGGCCAUUCAUUUGUGAAAAGCCCCAUGAUGAGUGUAGCGAGAAUCCGUGCUCAGUGAAUGCGAUCUGCACCGAUACAUUGACACAUCAUGUUUGUCAGUGUCUGGCUGGGUACAGUGGAGAUGGUGUGGAGUGCGAAGAUGUGGAUGAGUGUAUGGAAGGACUACACAACUGCAUUGACAUGAACAGUGUUUGUCAGAACAGCAUUGGGAAUUUCUCCUGUAACUGCAUGACUGGCUACCAGAGAGACGCGGAGGAUGGACCCUGUGUGAAUAUCAAUGAAUGCCUUGUCGGGGAGGCAGUGUGCACAAUGGACAGGGAGUGUGUGGACACGCCGGGAAGUUUUCUAUGCAACUGCACAUCUGGAACCCGAGACACUGGCGGAGUGUGUGAAGAUGUGGAUGAGUGUAUGGAAGGACUACACAACUGCACUGACAUGAUCAGUGUUUGUCAGAACAGCAUUGGGAAUUUCUCCUGUAACUGCACGACUGGAUACCAGAGAGACACGGAGGGUGGACCCUGUGUGAAUAUCAAUGAAUGCCUUGUCGGGGAGGCAGUGUGCACAAUGGACAGGGAGUGUGUGGACACACCGGGAAGUUUUCUCUGCAACUGCACAUCUGGAACCCGAGACACUGGCGGAGUGUGUGAAGAUGUGGAUGAGUGUAUGGAAGGACUACACAACUGCAUUGACUCGAACAGUGUUUGCCAGAACAGUAUUGGGAAUUUCUCCUGUAACUGCACGACUGGCUAUCGGACAGACACUGGGGGUGGACCCUGUGUGAAUAUCAAUGAAUGCCUUACCGGGGAGGCAGACUGCACGAUGGACAGGGAGUGUGUGGACACACCGGGAAGUUUUCUAUGCAACUGCACAUCUGGCACCCGAGACACUGGCAACGUGUGCGAAGAUAUUGAUGAGUGUAUAGAGGGCCUCCAUAAUUGCCAUGGCAACAAUUCAUUCUGUCGGAACACGCCGGGCAACUUCACUUGCGAGUGCAGCAGUGGAUACGAGAGCAAUGUCAAUGGGCAGUGCAAUAAUAUCAAUGAAUGUCUGAGUGACUUGCACAACUGUUCGCAAGAUCGGGACUGCAUUGACACACAGGGAGCAUUCACGUGUCCGUGUCGUAACGGCAGCGCAGCAAGCAGCAGCCCGAACAUAACGGCAUGUGUCGAUAUCGAUGAGUGUACGGAUGGGCUGCACACUUGCCCUCCUACUCAGCUCUGCAUCAACCUACAGCCCUUCUUUGAGUGCCAGUGCCCACCAGGAGCGUUCAUAAAUGGCUCACAAUGUGACACGACGUUCACUGUGGAGCUGCCCGCGGAAGACGCGGAGCGGAUCAACGCCAGCCGCUCCGUGUUCAUCUACGAGCUGGCGGUGGGCCGCUGGUCACGACUGCAGGUGGUGGCCGACCUGCAGGAGCGCCUCGUCGUCAACCCGGCCAUGCUGACCAACAGCACGGUGGCCAUUGUGAUAGUGGACACGGCCAUGGAGAAUACCAGUGACACGGGACUUGUACGUGGCAGCAUGGCCAGGGUCGUGUACAACGGACAACUGGAACCCAGAGCUGUGUUUGAUUGGAUCAACAUGGCGCUGGCGGAUCGCGACUCCUUCCUCACCCUAAACAGAACGGACGGAGUUCUCGCUGCCAGGCUAAUAUCGCAGCCACCACUGGUCGGUGAUGGAUUCUUCGCUGAAUAUCGUCUGAUCGGUGCUGCAGAUUCCCCGUGGAUACCUGUGGUACAGGAUAUGUUCCCGGUGGAGGAAGAGAGCGACUAUGAGUUGAGAUUUGGAUCCUCCCUGAUCCUCUCUGAUGGCCGUCGGCGGCGAAGAAAGCGCCAGGUUGGCAUCAUGCCUGACAUCACGAUUCCGAUACCGUUCGUCACCGACAUUCCCGCUGACCCGAUCAUACCAACCACUACCCCUCUGGCUACCACCACCAUGCCGUUAGCCACCGCGCAAGCACCAAGCAGCGAAGCGGCCACCACCACCACCACCGCCGCAGCCACCACCACCACACCGCAGACGCCACGCAUCAUCGUGCUGACCCCAGCCGCCACGACGCAAGCAGUGCAGGAGGAAGAGGCCACCGCGGCCGCUGCGGCAAGUUCCAGUGAUCUGGCUGUGAUUGCUGGUGCCGGUGCGGCAGGACUCGUCUGUUUCCUUCUCGCUAUCAUGCUGAUUGUAGCCGCGUGUAGGAGGAGAUCGCGGAGCAAGAAGGCAGCCUAUCAGAUUAGCAACGCCCCGCUAGACUUUGAUCAGCUCAGCAAUCCCAGUGUACAGAGCAAUCAGCAUUUACAUUCUCCGCAGCACGCUAUACCGCCGGCAUGGGAUGGAUCAGCUGGCACACACCCUAAUGGUGACAUGGCAAUGUAUCAGAUGACUGAGGCAUCAACACAUCAGAACCUGGCAACAAGCACGUUCAGAAAGAACCAGUCACGUGAUCGAAUGCAGGUGAACAUGCAGAUGAGCAACGGUGGCCGAAAACCAGAAGUGGAAUAUGACGCGGUGGCAACGUCGUCACAGGACAAUAUUGACAGCACUUACUUCACACAUCUACAGGGUUCCCAGCCCAGAGGCCAACAGCAGGAGCGCCAGGUGGCUGCCUCUCCACCCAGCAAUGUGGACAGUACGUACUUCACGCAUCUCCAAAAUGCCACACCCCAAAGCCAGGCGCGACAGCAGAAGCAACAGGAAGCUGACACUGCGGAAUACGCUGACGCUGUGGAGCUAGGCCAUGCGAAACCGGCAGGUCAGUCGCCUGACCCGGUAUAUGAUGAUGCUGCUGAGCAUAUGCGUGGGAAGCCAGCUGUUAAGGAAGCCGAGCCAGUAUACGAUGACGCGGAAAAGCUGCAUGGGCUGCCGAAGGCAAAGGGCAUCCCAAAUCCAUUCGGCAACUUUUCUGCCUACAAAGUGAAAGAAAAGCUAGCGUCGCCGGAGAAAGACUCUGCUCCGGUCUCCAACCCGAUGUAUGGUGAGCAGCAAAAGUCACAGCCUCCUCUCCCACCCAAACCUACAGGACAUGUGAGCUCACCCAUCAGGGAUCGCAGCACCUCGGCAGGGGCGGUGCAAUCACCCAUCAGGGAUCGCAGCACCUCGGCAGGGGCAUUGCAG